AUGGAGAAAGUAUUCCCCGAGGCGUUACAAAGUUUAAAAUCCGCCGACCCUCUCAUUUACCAACUCAUCCAAAAAGAAAAGCUGAGGCAAAUCCGAGGGAUAGAACUCAUCGCCUCGGAGAAUUUCACCUCCUCGCCGGUGAUGGAAGCGUUAGGGUCGUGCUGCACGAACAAAUAUUCAGAAGGACAACCGAACGCGAGGUAUUACGGCGGGAACGAAAACAUCGAUUUGAUCGAGAUGGAGUGUCAAGAUCGAGCGUUAAAAGCCUACGGGUUGAGCGAGAAGGAGUGGGGGGUGAACGUGCAACCGUAUUCCGGGUCGCCGGCGAAUAUGGCGGUAUACGUGGCUUUGUUACAACCGCACGAUAGAAUUAUGGGUUUGGAUUUACCAAGUGGAGGACACUUGACGCACGGGUAUUACACCGCGCACGGGAAGAAGAUCUCCGCGACGUCGAUUUUCUUCGAGAGUUUACCGUACAAGGUGAACUACGAGACCGGGUACAUCGAUUACGAGAAGCUGGAGGAAAAAGCGAUGGAUUUUCGACCGAAGAUGUUGAUUUGUGGUGGAAGCGCGUACCCGAGAGAUUGGGAUUAUAAGAGGUUUCGGGAAAUUGCCGAUAAAUGCGGGGCGAUGUUGAUGAUGGAUAUGGCGCACAUUAGCGGGUUGGUCGCGGCCAAGGAGCAAGCGUCGCCGUUUGAGUAUUGCGACGUGGUGACGACGACGACACACAAAUCCUUGAGAGGACCGAGAGCGGGUAUGAUCUUCUUUCGAAGAGACGAGAGAGCGUUCGAAGGGAAAAUUAACAACGCCGUGUUCCCGAGUUUACAAGGCGGUCCGCACAACCACCAAAUCGCCGCGUUGUGCGUCGCGUUGAAGCACGCGCAAACCGACGAGUUUAAAAAGUAUCAAGUGCAAACGAAGAAAAACGCGGACGCGUUGGCAAAGAAAUUGAUCGAGUUAGGGUAUUCCAUGGUCACCGGUGGUACCGAGAACCAUUUGGUGUUGUGGGAUUUGCGACCGAACGGUUUAACCGGAUCCAAGAUGGAAUACAUUUGCGAUUCCGUGCACAUCACGUUGAACAAGAACGCGGUGUUUGGCGACGCGAGCGCUUUGACCCCGGGUGGAUGCCGCAUUGGCGCGCCCGCUAUGACCAGUCGCGGUUUGGUGGAAAAGGAUUUCGAACAAAUCGCCGUAUUCUUGGACGAAGCCGCGAAAAUCGGUUUGAACGCGCAAGAAACGCACGGUAAGAAAUUGGUAGACUGGAAGAAAGGCAUCGACGGAAGCAAAGAAGUCGCGGCGUUGAAGGGAAAAGUCGAGGCCUUUGCCGAGGCGUUCGAUAUGCCCGGCUUUACCCGGGACAGCGUCGACAUGUGA